AUGUCUAUUCUACCUAAUAUUGCAGUAAUUGGUGGUAGUUAUGUUGGUGUAAAUACAGCACAACAACUAGCUCAAAAGUUCCACGGCCGCUUUCAAGUCCUGCUAAUUGAGAAAAACUCACAUUUCCAACACUUGUUUGCAUUCCCUCGUUUUGCGGUCACCAGUAAAGUGGAUACCCAUAAAGCUUUUAUCCCGUUUACACCUGGCACUUUUGCCGCUUGUCCUGUUGGUUCGGGAGUUGUGGUUAGAGCUGGAGUUACGAGGAUUGAUAAGACGGAGAUUCAGCUUGAUCGUAGUGUCAAGUUGAAUGAGAGGAGUGUGGAUAGGAUUCCUUAUCAGUAUCUUAUUAUUGCGACGGGCACGAAAUUGACACCUCCGUCGACGCUGCCAUCGUCGGACAAGGCUGAUGGAGUCACUUACCUGCGAGAGCAUGCGGACAAGGUUCAGAAGAGCUCCAAUAUCGCCAUCAUCGGUGGAGGUGCUGUAGGAGUGCAAAUGGCCACUGACAUCAAAGAGAUCUAUCCCGAGAAAUCGGUGACUCUGAUCCACUCCAGAGAUCAGAUCAUGAACAAAUUUCAUCCUCAACUGGACAGUAUCAUCAAGGAUAGAUGUGCAGAGCUCGGUAUCAAGCUCAAGCUUGGAUCGAGGGUCAAGUUACCUGCAAAGGGAUACCCAACAGAUGGCUCGACAUUCAAUAUCGAAUUACAAGACGGCUCGGCGGUAUCCACUGACUUUGCUGUCAUCGCAACAGGUCAAACACCACAAUCAGAACUCAUCAAGACUCUCUCGCCAGAGUCCAUUGACGAUGCUGGUUUCGUACGUGUGCAAAGAACACUUCAGAUCAACGACACCAAGUUCCCCAACAUAUUCGCUGUAGGAGAUGUUGCCGAUACUGGAGCUCACAAAGCUGCUCGUCCGGCGCUCAGACAAGCUCCUGUAGUCGUGGAGAACAUCGAGCACUUGACAAGGGGUGAGCCUUUGGAGCAAUAUGAAGUCGCAGAAGGUCCUUCGAUUCAUUUGAGCUUGGGCAUUACGAAGAACAUCAAGUUCAUCAACUCGCCAGGUGGCGCUUCAGAGCCAAAGGUCAUCUGGGCUGAUGAUGGAAAGUACGAUAUGGGCAUCGAAGGCGUCUGGCAACGUAGAGGAGGCGGUCCUAACUCCCUCCUCUAA